AUGCAGUACACUCUCCUCAGCACUCUUCUCAUCGCCGCUACCGCUGCCGCGCAGACCACCUACCGUGUCGUCGCCGAGCCUAGCACCACCCUCAACACUUACUUCAACCAGAUCUCUUGGGUCAACCAGGGAACUAGUUCUCUCUAUGCUGGUGACGCAAAGUUCAACCAGGCCGCUGAGCAGUACAUCGUGAACUUCUCCACGGAUGGUUACAUGAGCUUCCUCUCAUGGCACACGGAGCGUUACCAGACCUUCUAUGUCAAUGAGCACACCACUGGGCCCGUCAAGGUUGAUAUGUGGCAGGGGAUCCCACAGAAUGCAACCCAGAAGGGAUUCACCAUCGAUGAUGGCUACCUUGGACUUGCGGGUGAUGGCAGCAAGUGGUCUUUGUGCCCUACCGAGACUGGUGGAAGGACCUACCAGUUGUGGUAUGUCGAUGGCGAUGCGGCAUCAACCGAUUGUGUGAGCACCAAGCUUAAGAUGCAGGCUUACGGGCUCUGCACCUCAGCUUAA